AUGUUCGGUAUACUCGCGUUCAUAACGGAAACGGCGCUGAUGAUGUUGGAACCGGUGUACCUGACGUACAAGGGACUGGAGGCGGCCGAAACGGGCGAGGGUAGCCUCGAACCGGACCAAUGGCGGCGGCUGCUCGUCCACUGGAUCGUGUACGGCGCGUUCCGGGCGCUGGAGAGCCUGGCCCGGCCAUGGGUGCCGUUCUACGACGUGCUAAAGAUCUGCGCCAUCGUGUGGUUGCGCGCCGGCGGCUCGGAGACGGUGUACCAGACGGUCAUCCGGCCGUUCCUGGCCGAACACGAGUCGGACAUCGACAUGUGGAUCGAUCAGCUGAACAACACCAGAAACACGGUGAUGGCGGCCACCACGGUGAUCAGCGCCGCCGUCACCACAGACCCCGACGAGCUCGACAACGGCGAGCCCGAGGAAACGGCCCUGUCGGAAUCGGAGCCCGCCAUUCCUGUGUCCGGUAGUCCAGUGGCCGUCAACCCUGCAGUGGCCGUUAGUCCUGCUGCAGAGGCCGUUAGUCCUGCUGCAGAGGCCGUCAGUCCUGCAGUGCCAGUAAUUGCCGAGCCCGUCAGUCCCCAGCCGAACGAAGAACAACGUCGAAAGGAUCAAUGA